GUGAUGAAUAGAACCUCACACAGCCACUAAAGCUCUCUUUCUGAAGACAGCAACUCAGCUCAGCUCAUCACUAACCACAGCACCACAGAAGAAGAGAUGUCCCAGAUCAGAGCUGCUGUGAUAGUGCUGCUUGUGCUCCUGGCUGUGGGGCUGUUCACUACUGAAGCUUCUGCAGCUAAACAAGGUCAAUAUUCUGCUGUGACAGUUUGUCUUAGUCUAUCUGUCUGUCUGUCUGUAUGCCUCUGUCUCCCUCUCUCCAAGUUUUUUGCUAAUUGUGUUUUUUAAUUCCUAAGCAAGAUAACAUUUCUUGUAUUUUUUCCCAAUAGGUUUUCCUAAAGGCUGCUGUACGCAUUACUCCAAGGGAAAGAUAGACAUUCGUCUCAUCCGUGGCUUUUCUGUACAGACAGUGAAUGACGAGUGCAACAUUGAUGCUAUCAUGUGAGUGACUUUGGAAGGCCUAAAAGUAGAACUGUGCUUAGUAUAUCUGAGACAAAUUGCAAGUAAAAUGAAAAUAUAAAUUGUAAUAUAUGUAUUAUUUCAUUAAUUUCAGUAUAUAAUUAAGUAUCAAAUAAUUUUAUUACAGAAGUAAUACAAUUUGAUAACUUGAUAUUAUUUGCAUUGAUUCAUUUGCAAUGUGAUAUUGCAUUGUGAUAUUAUGAAGAUGUAAGCCUAUAAAGCACUAAUGAUUGACUGAUGGUGUCUCUUCAACAUGUUCUCUUCCAGUUUCCACACUGUCAGAGCGAGAUUCCCAUGUGUGGAUCCCACCAAGGGAUGGGUUAUGGAAGCUGUUCGCAAGCUAAGGUAAGAAUUAAUUAACAUUUAAUCAGGAAAUAAAUAUUUGGUUUCAUCAAAUUGAAUUAUACUGACAUAGUGUGUGUAGGGUUCAUCAUAAGGAUAUUGGGUAAAAAGAUGAUUGUAAGAAAUGGAUGAUAUAACUUUAUUUCUUCUCUACAGGGAGAGAGCAGAAGGCUUGAACAAGAAAAAGUCAUUGGCAUAGUAUUCAUCACAAGCGUAUUCGGGAUGAAGAGUUCGAGUUCCUUUCUUCAUGGACGGAGGAGAACGCAAACAUCCUGAAAUCACACAUGUUUUAACCCUUUUAUUCAUAAAGGUCUUGUUAAUGAUCAGAUCAUUGAUCACAUCUGUUGUAUUUAAC